AUUUAGAAUUGUAAUCAAAUUUUGAGCAAACCAGCGUGGCUAUUAUGUCCUCCGCCACCUUCUUCAACGCUCCACCACCGCAGUCUUACAUAAAAAAAAACCGCUCCUCCACCAAUGUCUACCAUCCACAACCAGAAAAGCUAGCAAUUUUAAUAGAGAAAUCCAAAUCCUUAAAUCACCUUCACCAAAUCCACGCCUUUCUUUACCGCCACAAUCUUUAUGGUCACCCAAUUCUCAACUUCAAGCUUCAGCGCUCCUACUCAUCUUUGGGUCGUCUCAACUAUUCUCUUGCUCUCUUUAACCAAACCCAAAACCCCAAUUGCUUCUUCUACACUUCAAUUAUCUACUCUCAUACUAUCCACAGUCUCCAUGACCAAGCCUUUUUCUUUUAUGCACAAAUGUUAACUCAAGAUGUUGCCCCGAAUGCAUUUACCUUCUCGUCGAUUUUAAAGUCUUGCCCGCUAGAACCUGCGAAAAUGAUACAUGCUCAAGCGAUAAAAUUUGGGUUGGAUUCGGAUUUGUAUGUGAGGACUUGUCUUAUUGAUGUUUACGCAAGAGGAAGUGAUGUUGUAUCCGCACGUAAGUUAUUUGAUGCUAUGCCUGAGAAGAGUUUAGUUUCAUUGACUGCGAUGAUUACUUGCUAUGCGAACUAUGGGAUGGUUAAAGAGGCGAGAGAACUGUUUGAUGGAUUACAGGAAAGGGAUUUAGUUUGCUGGAAUGUGAUGAUUGAUGGUUACGUGCAGCAUGGACUGCCAAAUGAGGGUUUAAUGCUCUUCAGACGAAUGUUGAAGACGGGAGUGAGGCCUAAUGAAGUGACGGUUGUGGCCAUUAUCUCUGCUUGCGGGCAUAUUGGUGCUUUAGAGUCAGGGAGGUGGGUUCAUUCGUAUAUUCAGAAUAAUGGGAUUGAGAUCAAUGGUCAUGUGGGUACUGCUUUAGUUGAUAUGUAUAGCAAAUGUGGGAGUUUGAAGGAUGCGCGGUUGGUUUUUGAAAGGAUCAGAAACAAGGAUGUUGUUGUUUGGAAUUCAAUGAUUGUUGGGUAUGCCACACAUGGAUUCAGUCAAGAUGCUAUGCAUUUAUUCAAUGAGAUGUGUAGGAUAGGAUACCGACCUACAGAUAUAACGUUCAUUGGAAUUUUGAGUGCUUGUGGUCAUGCUGGUUUGGUUAGCGAAGGAUGGCAGUUUUUCCGCUUGAUGAAAGAUGAAUAUGGGAUUGAACCAAAGAUUGAGCAUUAUGGGUGUAUGGUUAAUCUUUUUGGCCGUGCUGGACAUUUAAAAGAAGCAUAUGAGCUUGUUAAGAACAUGGAGAUCAACCCAGAUCCUGUCUUAUGGGGAACUUUGCUUGGGGCUUGUAGGCUCCAUGGUAACCUAGCUCUAGGAGAGGAAAUUGCAGAGUUUCUUAUAAACCAGAAUCUUGCAAAUUCAGGGACUUACAUUCUCCUUUCUAACAUAUAUGCAGCAGGUGGCAAUUGGGAAGGUGUGGCAAGAAUGAGGGCCUUGCUAAAAGACAGUGGGAUAGAAAAAGAACCUGGUUGUAGCUCAAUUGAAGUGAGUAACAAGGUACAUGAGUUUUUUGCUGGAGAUUUGAGACAUCCAAAGACCAAAGAGAUAUAUAUGAUGUUGGAGGAGAUGGAAGGUUGGCUCAAGGCUCAUGGUUAUACCCCACAAACAGAGAUUGUUUUACAUGAUCUAAGUGACGUAGAAAAGGAGCAGUCCCUUAAAGUUCACAGCGAGAAGCUUGCUAUUGCUUUUGGUCUUAUCAGUACAAAACAAGGAGCUACUAUAAAGAUAGUAAAGAACCUGCGGGUGUGUGCAGAUUGCCAUGCAGUGGCAAAAUUAAUCUCUAAGAUCACCGGCCGUAAGAUUUUAAUGAGAGAUCGGAACCGAUUCCACCAUUUUAUGAACGGUUUGUGUUCUUGUGGUGAUUACUGGUGAAAUGUACUGUUUCGGGAUGCAAUUAUUUUCUCAAAAAGUGUCUUCUGCUGUUAAAGUACUGGCGGCAAAAAUGUAAAAUAGUAAAUUAUAA